AUGCUUUUCCGUGAAAAAAGCGAGCAGCUUCUGAUCAAGGGCGGAAAGAUCGUCAACGACGACCAGUCUUUCUAUGCCGACAUAUACGUGGAGGAUGGUUUAAUAAAACAGAUUGGAGAGAACCUGGCUGUUCCCAGCGGGGUGAGGACAGUGGAUGCCUACGGGCAGCUGGUGGUGCCGGGCGGCAUCGAUGUGCACACGCGGCUGCAGAUGGCUGUGAUGGGAAUGGCUUCUGCUGAUGACUUCUACCAAGGCACGAGGGCGGCCCUGGCAGGAGGAACCACGAUGAUAAUGGACCACGUGCUGCCCGAGGCUGGGACCGGCCUGCUGGCCGCCUACGAGCAGUGGAGGCAGCGUGCUGACAGCAGGGCCUGCUGCGACUACGCGCUGCACGUCGACAUCCCCCGCUGGCACGAGGGCCUGCAGGAGGAGCUGGAGGCGCUGGUAAAGGACAAGGGUGUGAACUCCUUCCUGGUGUUUAUGGCCUACAAGGACAGGCUUCAGUGCACCGACGCCCAGAUGUAUGAAAUAUUCUGCAUUAUUCGAGACCUGGGGGCCAUAGCCCAAGUGCAUGCUGAAAAUGGAGACAUCAUCGAGGAGGAGCAGAAGAGGCUGCUGGACAUCGGGAUCACUGGGCCGGAGGGGCACGUCUUGAGCCGCCCCGAGGAGGUUGAAGCAGAGGCUGUGUACCGUGCAAUUACAAUAGCAAAACAAGCCAACUGCCCCUUGUACGUCACGAAAAUAAUGAGCAAAAGUGCAGCAGAUGUGGUAGCUCAAGCAAAGAGAAAAGGCACUGUGGUGUACGGUGAGCCCAUCACUGCCAGCCUGGGCGCCGACGGCUCGCACUACUGGAGCAAGAACUGGGCCAAGGCUGCGGCCUUCGUCACCUCGCCCCCGCUCAGCCCCGACCCCACCACGCCGGAGCGCCUCUCCUCCCUGCUGUCCUGCGGGGACCUGCAGGUGGCAGGCAGUGCUCACUGCACGUUCACCACCGCCCAGAAGGCCGUGGGGAAGGACAACUUCACCCUCAUCCCCGAGGGGACGAAUGGCAUCGAGGAGCGGAUGGCCAUAAUCUGGGAGAAGUGCGUGGUCUCUGGGAAGAUGGAUGAGAACGAUUUCGUGGCAGUGACCAGCACAAAUGCUGCCAAAAUCUUUAACUGCUACCCCAGGAAGGGGCGAAUUGCGGUGGGCUCUGACGCAGAUUUAGUCUUGUGGAACCCCAAGGCUACAAAAAUCAUCUCAGCAAAAACCCACAAUUUGAAUGUGGAAUACAACAUAUUUGAAGGCACGGAGUGUCAUGGGGCUCCUGCUGUGGUCAUCAGUCAGGGGAAGGUCGUUCUUGAGGACGGGAACCUGUUUGUCACCGAGGGCUCAGGUCGCUUCAUUCCCAGAAAGACGUUCCCUGAUUUUGUUUAUAAAAGAAUAAAGGCGAGGAACAGGCUGGCAGAGGUGCAUGGUGUCCCGCGGGGGCUGUAUGACGGCCCGGUCCAUGAUGUUGUCCUCAGCACCAAAGCUGUGCCCACCAUCGCGGCCUCCAGGAUCGCAGGCUGUGCCAGCAAAGUGCCCGCCGUGCCCGUGCGCAACCUGCACCAGUCGGGGUUCAGCCUGUCGGGCUCUCAGGCUGAUGACCACGUUGCCCGCCGCACGGCCCAGAAGAUCAUGGCCCCCCCAGGCGGGCGCUCCAACAUCACCUCCCUGUCCUGAUGCUGCUCCCACGGUGCUGGUGUGAAGGGCACGGCUGGUUCCCUGCAGCUCAGGGUGGAAGGGAGGUGGGCCCUGGGCACCUGAUGAACCUUCUUCUCUUAGGUAGAAUGUAGACGAAGCCCACGCAGAGGUAGCUCACCCACCUGUAUGUCCCCCAGUCCCUAGAGCUCCCGCUCCGUGUCUUUUACCUGGAUCCUCAGAGCCCUUAGCAUAUGCAUGCCCACACCUAGAGGUACAUUUAAUGUGUGUUCAGCAGUGCUGCUCGCUGCUCUGUGCCCAGGAAGGCCAUGACAGCUUGUCUGGUGUUCAUGCCUUUCUCUCCCAAUGACUGCCCUUCUCUAAGGACUGUUAACCGAUGAGCCCUGCCACAGGCCUUGUGUGCUGUCCUGUGCUGGGCUGCACGCCAGGCUGCUGUAGGCAGACUUUUUUAAAGGGUUAUUUAUACGGUUUUUUCAAGUACCACGUGUAAGUGAAGUCUUACAGCCAAUAAAAGGCCCAGCUAAAGGCUGCUUGCAUAUGGCAGGCUCUUUUAUAAAAUCUACGCGAGGCAGUUUGUUACAUUUAAAGGUAUUACAGAAAUGGUGAACCUCAAUGCCACAAAUCUAUGCAUGUCCCUCUGCCCCGUGCCUCGCAGUUGGUUUUCUGUUCCUUGCAUUGAAUAAACUUUGUUUGAAAUCCUGAAGUGAUGGAAGCAGCUGACCCGCCUCACUCUGUGUGCUCGUACCUCAUCUUGCCACGUGCACUGGUUUGUAGAACAGCUCGUGCUGUGCAGGUCUGUGCUGUGUCCUGUGGCCCUGCAGCUGCUGUGUGCAGGGCUGGGCUGCAGCUGUGUGCCUGAGCCCAAACACAUGGACCAGAAGGCAGGUGGGGUGUCUGAAUCAAGAAUAUAUGCUCAGA